GUCAACGAAAAUGGUUUGUUUUUGUAACAUUUUAGUAUACUCUCGGGAUAACAUCAAAGAAAAAUUGCGAGCAAAAAUAUAAAUUUUGCAAAAUAAAUGGCAAAAAUAUUGAUAAAAUAUUUAGAAAAUCUAAAAUAAAUUAAAUAAAAUCUAAAAGUGCAAUAUUUGCUUAAUAAUUUAAGUAAAAGAAAAUAAGAAUAAUACAAAAAAUGUAAAAAAAGUAAGAAAGAAAAAAAGUUGUGAGUGUUAAAAAUACAUACACCGGAAUGCACAUAAUUGAUGGCUAAAGUAUCCACAAGAUACUUAUUUCGCAUCUUGUUCUUCUUCACAAAAUUUUCAUCUGAUGUAGAAAAUUAUCUGUAUCUUUAAUAAUAAUCACUAGUGGCGCGCUUCAAAAUAUGUUUGUAUGUAUGUAAAAACAUCUGACUUAAGUGCUGUGGUAAAAUUUAAAUUAUAAUAAAAUUUUAUAUACAAAAAAACAACAACAAAUAUUUUAUCAAGAAUAAUAAAAUAAAAACAGGCAUAUUAAAAUGCUAAAGAGCGCAGUGACAUACCAAGAGAGUGAAAAACCGCACAAGAUUCUGCAACAUCAGCAGCAGCAGUAGGUUUGGGGAGCAGUAGUAACUGUUACAAGGUGGUAACAUAUGAUAUACUUAAUUAAAACGCAUUAAAAAGUGAUUCUCCACAAAUAAAUCCAAACAUACAAUCAAUCGCAGUAACGCAAAUAUUCACAAAAAAAUCCACACAUGAUUCCCACAUUAGUAAACGGACGAAAUUUAAUAUUCCAACGAAUGUUCACAGUAGCAACUGUCAUUCCAUACAACUGCUAAAAGAACAAACAACUAAAUACGAAAAGUGUAAACGAUAAAGCAAAAGAAAAAAAAGAACAGAAUACCUACUUCCUGCCUCGUAUACAUAAAAAUGCCUAAAACGAAUCCCAGCAGCAGUAGAUAUACGAUCGUCAAUGUUAUCCUCACUUAUUUAAUUAUAUGCCGAACAUGUACAACAUGUCUACCCUCCGCCAAAGAUUCCUCUUUACUUUUAAACGAUUCCGAAGAAGAUGUCUUUAGUAAAUUCGAUGAUAUAAGCGAUGAAAUGGAAGAGCUAAUGACACCCAAAGCGGAUAGCAACAAAUAUGCUAGUUGGCCCAACCGGAAGGACAUGGAUAGCUCCUAUCAAGAUAAUGCAGAUGUAUUUAAUCCCGGCAAACUGCCGGUAGGUUCUACAUAUCAUGAUGAAUCUUUAAAUAUGGGGCAUUCAAGUGAAUCGGUGGUGCCGCUGCAAGGUGUUAAUACCAACAAGACAGUGCUAAUUGGAGCAGCUGGCACUUUAGAUGAAUUCGUGACGGGUAAACUGGGAGCUUCAGAAACCGGUGUUACACUGCCUUACUUUCUAACUGAACCAGAAAGUGUUUAUGUGGUGAAGAAUAGACCGGCCGUAUUAAAGUGCAAAGCCGCUCAUGCGUUGCAGCUGCAUUUUAAAUGUAGUGGCAGUUCACAGCCCCCACCCUCAACACACGACAAGCACGUGGAUCCUCACACAGGGGUGCAUUUGGAGGAAGUAACGGCCACCAUACACCGUGAUCUUGUGGAUGAAUAUUUUGGCAAGGGUCCCUUUAAAUGUGAAUGUCAUGCCUGGUCUUCAAGGGGUGUUGUAAAAAGUCAAGCGGCCACAGUUAAUAUUGCAUAUAUGCGCAAACAGUUUGUUACUUCGCCCACCUCAUUGCGAGUCGAGCUUGGCACUCGUGCUGAAUUGUAUUGUGAGCCACCCAGUGGUUUUCCGGAACCCAGUGUUAGUUGGCAAAAGAAUAAUUUGCCCAUAACGGAGAGUAAUGAACAUGGUCCUACCGUGUCGCCAACGGGUACAUUGACUUUUCGUCAAGUUACUUUGCAGGACAUGGCUAAUUAUACUUGUGUAGCUGAAAAUAUUGCGGGUAAACGUAAUUCAGACUCGGCGGUACUUAUAGUUUAUGUUAAUGGCGGUUGGAGUUCCUGGUCUUCGUGGCGUGAUUGCAAAUGUCCGGGUAAAAUGGCUCAGGGUCGUAAGCGUACACGCAUGUGCAAUAAUCCUAUACCCAUGAAUGGUGGUGCCGAAUGUUCUGGACCACAAAUACAAAAAUCAGCCGAUUGUUUACCCUGUCCGGACGAAACACAAAUUGUCAAUACGGAAGGUUUCGAUGUGCCAGCAGUUAAGAGAUCGGGACGUUGGUCGGCCUGGAGUGAAUGGAGUUCAUGUUCUGCUGAAUGCAUACAAAUAAGACGCCGGAAAUGUAUCACAACAAGUUCCUCGGUACUGGUGGAUGAUGAGGAUGCAGGUUUGGGCAUCAGCGUUGGCGGUUUAUCAAGCAACGGUAUUGUUGGCAGCUUAAGUAGUGGCAACAUUGGCAGUACCGGUCUCAUUCCUGGUGGCAUCAAAGCUCAGUGUAGUGGAAAAGAUAUACAGACAGCCGAAUGUCGGGGGGAAUAUUGUCAAAUAGGCAAAGAUGAUUUCGAUUGGACUCUGUAUUUGGGUUUAGCCUUUGUAACGGCGGUAUUUUUUGCAUUCGGUGCUGCAUUGAUUUGCUGUGCACGCAAGGGCAUUAGGGUUAAUCAACACUAUAAUAUGACCAGAACGGUAAUGGAUCCUAAAUAUUUACCCGAUAUAAGUAAGAAGGAUAUGCGCAUGCAUAUUGAAACAGCUAAUGAUAAUUAUGAUUAUGCCAGUCCGGGUCAUAGAUUUUUACCACCCAGUCAUCAUGGUGGUUGCUCAAUAUCGGAACAUCAUUAUGAUGUACCCAAUCUAUCAGCCAAUUAUGUGAAUCCUAUUGAUGAUCUAAGUGUGGACUAUCUUACAGAUACACCCGAUACUUCUACCGCCGAUACCUCCAAUUCCACCUACGAUGUUACUGCCAAAAUCGGUGGCCUAUCAGCUUCAAAAUGUUCCACCUAUGAUCAACUUAACUGCAGUGGUGGUUCGCUAAAUCUUUAUGCCGGAGAAAUAAUGCUCUAUAUACCCGAGCAUUCGAUAGGCAAAAGUAUGCGUAAACAUGUUUCGCUAAUGUUGGUCAGUGAUGAAACCUCGCGGGUCACCAUACCCAAUACCGAAUCUCUACUUGUCUGCAGUACCAUUGUACACUGUGCACCACGCAAUUAUACAUUCCUAAAACCGGUGAUAUUGAAAAUACCCCACUGUUUGGUGGACACUAAUCUAUGGAAUGUUUUCAUUUACUAUGCCGACAAUGAACACGAUGACUUAAAUGUCAAUUGGCGUAAAAUUAUAGCCAUUGGUGAGGAGACCAUUAAUACACCGGUAUUUGUGCAAUUAGAAUCACAACAUGUCUAUAUAAUGACUGAACAAUUGGGACGUUUUGUGGUAGUGGCCGAGCCUAAAAUACCCACUACAUGUUUGCAGAAUUCCUUGAAAAUGCGUCUCAUAGCAUUUAGUCAAUUUACACCGACGAGCACUAAUUGCAGUCUAAGAAUCUAUAUAGUCAAAGAUUUUCCCAAUAGUCGUGAUAUUUGUACCAGCAUUGAAUCGAAACUGGGUGGUUCCUUUAUGGGUGAAAGUGAGGCUUUCGCUUUCUAUCUCAAUAAUAGUAAUAUGAAUAUACGUUUGCGUAACUCCGAGGAGGAUAUGUGGGAUACAGAAAACGAAAUCGAAUUACAUGAACAGGUUAUACCCUAUAAUCAUAUACUGUCGAAUAAUUCUGUACUGCACUGUGAAUUUAUAAUCAAACGCAAUGAACAAUUGUAUUCAGCCAAUAAUUUAACUGUAGAUUUUGCUCAAUGUAGUGAUAGUCAUCAUUUAUACUCAGAAGUGCAUUCCUUUAGUAUAAGUCGUCAAUUGCAGCAGCAACAGUCGCAUACACACCCCACCAAUCAUUCAGCUCAUUCAUCGCUGGAACGUCAGAGCACCGUUACCAUUGAUCCCCAUGGGAACUAUGUCAAUGAGGCCACUUUACCUUUGAAUACCAUACAUUUGCCGCGUGAUACUAAGAGAAGAAUAUGUGCAGCUUUAGAUCCUCCACGGGAAGAUGAACGUGAUUGGCGUCUGCUGGCCAAAAAGUUAAAUACCGAUCGUUAUAUAGCUUAUUUCGCUACCAAACCCUCGCCCACAGAACAAAUACUCAAUUUAUGGGAAUGUCGAGCCAGUCAGCGCACCCAUGCCUCCCAAACUAUCGUAGAGCUUUUGAUGAUUUUGAAAGAUAUGGAAAGGCAAGAUGUGAUGGAUAUUAUAACCGAAACUAUAGGCUCAUUAUGGAUUUAGAAAGGUGGACGAGGGACGAAUAAAGAAACUCUUUUUAGUGUUAAGUAAUGUUGAGAUAUGAAAAAAACUGUUUACUAAGAUGCCUUUUCUUGAAGAGAACAAAAUUUUUUUUAUUAUAUUAUUGUAUGUAUAAUUAAUUAAUUGUAUUAAACUGUUUAAAUGUAAUAUGUAAAUUUAGAAUUAUAAAUUGAUAUUUGUAUUAUUAGGUUAAACAAAAAUUAAGGUUUACGAAAAAUGAAGAGGAUUAAAGAAAGCUUUAAAGGGAACUAAAAAGAAAGCUUUAGCUUUAACGUAAAAGAAAAAAAAUAGGAAUACAAGUUUUAAUAUAAAAAGAAAAGGAACUUUUAACUUAAGAGAUCACACAAAAGACUUUAGUUAAACAGAAAAACUUGAAAGCUUUUAAUUUUAAACAAAAGUUUAAAUAAAAAGCUUUUAACCUAUUUUAACUAUUUAGCAUAUUUUCAUUUGUAAAGCUUUUCUAAAAUGUCAAGUUUUUUAAUAAAAUUAAUUUGAAAGCCUUUUAGAAACUUGUUUCAAAUUGUAAAGCUUUUCCUUUAAGCUUUUUUUAAUCCCAACAAAAUUUUGUUUUUAUUUGAAUACAAAAUUAACUGAAAUGGAAAUUAAAAAAAAAUCAAACAAAUGUUUAAGAAAACAUAAAGUUGUUAAAACUUGCUUUUGUUUUUGGAAAGGUCAACGAAUAGUCAAGUAAUGUGAACAAAAUAAUGAAAAAAAUACAAAAUAAUGUUAAUGUCUCCUGUGCCAUUUACGACAAAAUUAAAAAUGUUCUCUUUUUUAUAUAAAAAAAAAACAACAAAAAUACUAACAAAAAAUCCCCUAUAAAU